AUGCGCCACGUGGCGCCUCUUGGGCGGUCCAUGGCGCCGAUGCACAGGCGAGCGCUCUCUCUCUCCGUGCAGGCAAGCGAGGCCCCAGCGCUGCACCAGCUGCAAGGCGAAGCGGCUGCCUUUGCGGCUGUCGAGCCGCCGUCGGUCAAGGCCUACUGCAAGAUUUGGCGCGAUGCGGACGCGGUGGCGUCGGCCGAGAUCGCGCGUCUCUUCCGCGCGCAGCGCUACGAGGAUGUCAUCUUGGCGUACGUGGAGAUGCACCCGCGCAAGCUCUGCCUCGACAACGCGGGUCUCAGUGCGCUGCUCGGCGCCCUCAACCGCCUUGGACGCUAUGAGGAAGCCGCCUUGUACUUUCGCGCGCUCAAGCGAGAGUACAAGACAGAGCUUUGGUGCGAAGAUCGGCGGGACAUUGUGCUCGAAGGUCUGUACGCAUACACGAUGCUCAAGCGCGGGCACAAGGCGCUCAACGUGCUGCAGCACUGCGUGGGCCGCGUGCACCUCGACGCUCAUCACUACCGGAAUGCGCUUGCGUGCAAUGCAACGCCGCCCCAAGGCAAACAUCCGUGGUUUCUGGCGCCGACCAUCGAGGCCGCGAUUGCGUCGGCCAAGCUCAUGACCGACCACGGCUACCUCGUGCCACCGGCGCUCUGGUCGCAGCUCAUCGAGAGCUGCUUGAUCCACAACCGCCUCGACGACGCGUCCGACCUUUUGAUGACGUAUGCUAACGCGUCGCUGAUCUUGCCGCCGUCGACGCUGCUGCCCACGCUGCUGCUGCCAUUGCGCUUCCACGCACCGAGCAUCGCCGCCAAAGCGGCUCUCGCGUACAUCGCGCACCCGUCGUUGGCGACCGCGCUCCCGUCUCUCUUCGAGUCGGUGCUUGCCCCGCUGCUUCAGAAACCCGAGACGUCGUUCGUCGAUGUCGAGCCGCUCGUGCGGGCGAUGCAGGCGCACGACAUCCGCAUGCGCCCCGCACUCUUGCAGCCGCUCUACGUGCCCUUCCUCGUACGCUCGCUGCCCGCAGAUGCACUCUUGGCCCACGUGGCGAGCGUCCCCAACGUCCUCCGUGUCUCGGACCUCGUGUUCGGCGCGGCGUUCCACUUGUACGCCCGGCAAAGAGACGCUGCAUCGUGCGCACGCUUGAUCGAGUUUGCGAUCGAGCACGACAUGGAGCUCACGUGGAAGGCGGUCGAGACGAUGCUCAAGCUGCACCUCGAUGCGCGGUCGCUCGACGCGGCGUACGAGCUCGCGCAGCUCGCCUUUGCCGGCAAGUCGGCGACGGACGUGGCCGAUGCACCGCGCUCGGUCUUCCGCAUGGUGGUCGAAACUGCGAUUUCGCUUGGGCACUACGAAGACGCGGUGGUGUUUUGCGACAAGUACGUGCCCGCGACCGGCGACGAGUUUAGCGCGACGAUGCGCCUCGUGCGCGAUGUGGCCAUGCGCCUCGUCGAGAGCGAGGGGAAGAAGACAAACUAGAUAAGAAGAGAAGAUAAAGCGUGUGCGUAG